UCUCUUACUCAUUCAUUGUGAUACACAACUUUCAUUCAUUCAUCCAUUAUAUAUAUACAUAUUUAUCUUCUUUCAAUCAACGGUAAUUGUUCUUUCUUAGAGAAAAAAUAAAGAGGGCCUUUCGCCCUCUCUCUUUCUUCUUAUGCUUUCUCUCAGAUCUUAGAUUUCUUCUAAUUUUCUCAUCUGGGUUUGUCUUCAUUUGAGUGGAAAUGGACCCGGGGAAGCUAUUCAUUGGAGGGAUUUCCUGGGAUACAAAUGAAGACCGACUCAGACAGUAUUUUCAGAACUUUGGAGAUGUAGUUGAAGCUGUGAUAAUGAAGGAUCGGACCACGGGACGUGCUCGUGGUUUUGGAUUUGUUGUUUUUGCUGAUCCUUCUGUUGCCGAACGCGUUGUUAUGGAAAAACAUGUCAUAGAUGGUAGAACUGUUGAAGCAAAAAAAGCUGUCCCUAGAGAUGAUCAGAAUGUGUUUACUAGAAGCAACAGCAGCAGUCAUGGAUCGCCUGCUCCUACUCCUAUACGCACAAAAAAGAUAUUUGUUGGAGGUCUAGCAUCCACAGUUACUGAGAGUGAUUUUAAGAAUUACUUUGAUCAAUUCGGAACAAUUACUGAUGUUGUUGUAAUGUAUGAUCAUAACACUCAACGUCCUAGAGGUUUUGGAUUCAUCACAUAUGAUUCUGAGGAAGCAGUUGAGAAAGUGCUGCACAAAACUUUUCACGAACUUAAUGGUAAAAUGGUUGAGGUUAAGAGGGCUGUCCCAAAGGACUUAUCUCCAAGUCCAAGUAGAGGUCAGCUAGGUGGAUUUAGUUACGGUACUAUGAGUAGAGUUGGUAGUUUUUCUAAUGGUUUUGCUCAGGGAUAUAAUCCAAGCCUGAUUGGAGGACAUGGACUUAGAUUAGACGGUAGAUUGAGUCCUGCUAAUGUUGGCCGUAGUGGAUAUUCUCUUUUCAGUCCUAGUUAUGGGACAGGACUCAACUUUGAGCCACCAUUGAACCAAAAUGAAAAUGAAAACUUUACUUCUAACUUUAUCAUGGGCCGUGCAUUGAGUUCUCCAUACAGUGCAAGUCCGAGCAGGUACAAUAAUGCCAUGGCAUAUGCUGCUGGUUCAAAUGUUGGCAACAGUUCAGCCAUAAGUUCAACAAAUCAGAGUUUGUGGGGUAAUGGAAAUCUUAAUUAUGCUAAUAACCCUGCAAGCUCUGAUGCUUUCUUAGGUUACGGAAGUGAAAAUUCAAGUAUUGGUUCAUUUGGCAAUAUUGGAUCGCUUUGGAGUACCUCUGUUGGUGCUGCUAAUCAAGCUGGAACUAUUGGCUCUGGUUAUGGUAAAAGCAGUCUUAAUUAUAGGCUUGGAGAUGUGAUUUUAGGGUCAAAAGCGGUAGGUUAUGGAAAAAACAGUGAAAGCAAUGUUGAAUCAGAUUCAUCGUACGCUUUCUCAAAUGGCAGUUAUGGCGAGGCAUAUAAAAGUACCUUUGAAGCUGGGCCAUUUUAUCAAGACCAUACUUGGAGACCAACAACUUCAGAACUAGAGGAUUCUGGUCCUCUUAGUUUUGGCCUUGAAAAUGCCGUUUCAGAUUUAAUGCGCAAAAGCUCUAGUAGUGGUCACAUUGGGGCUUAUGCUGCUGUUGCUAAUAGACAAUCAAACAGAGGAAUUGCUGCUUAGGAAGGUUAUGCCAUGUAUGAUGCUAGCUUGUGUUUCGAAGGUGAAUGAAUGUGGAAAGCAUAAAUCUUCUUCGUUUCGUGAUAGUUUGAAUGAUUCUAAAAUUUCGUUAGAGCCAGUUGGAUUGGCAGUGUUGAAUAACUUGCAAAUACACAGACUUACAAGGGAUUUACUAUAUAAGGGUUGAGUUGAGUGUGAAUUAUAGGUUUUCUUUCUUUGGGAUUUUGAGACUUGUAAUCAAGUUAUAUGAUGGAGUUUGUCACAAAAUGAUGCACACCUCUCUCUCAUGACAAAGUAAUACACAAAAGAAGAAGACCUUCUCCCUUUUAUUUUCUUUUGUUAUAUUUUUUUUCUUUCUCUUUUUUCAAACUGUUAUUCCUUAUUCCUCUUUGGACAAUUAGAGUUGGACCAUGUUGCUAGUCUUGGCUGGUUGGUAUUUUUUAAUUUUCUUCUCUUCAGUGUUUUGAUUUCUCAGAAUCUGUAAAAGAUACACGAUAUUAUCAUUGAAAUGUUCAUCUAGGUUCCUUAAAAUGUUAGCUGAUUCAUCUUCCACACAAUACAAAUUUUUCUUGUGCUA